CUCCUUCUGACUCUUCAAGGUGAACUUCACAGUAGACCAGAUACGGGCCAUCAUGGACAAAAAGGCCAACAUCAGAAACAUGUCUGUGAUAGCCCACGUUGAUCACGGCAAAUCAACCUUGACUGAUUCUCUGGUAUGCAAAGCUGGUAUCAUUGCCUCUGCCCGUGCGGGGGAGACCCGUUUCACCGACACAAGGAAGGAUGAGCAGGAACGGUGCAUCACCAUCAAAUCAACAGCUAUUUCCCUCUUUUAUGAGCUCUCUGAAAAUGAUUUGGCCUUCAUCAAGCAGAGCAAGGAUGGUUCUGGUUUCUUGAUCAACCUGAUUGACUCUCCUGGGCACGUGGACUUCUCUUCAGAGGUCACUGCUGCUCUUCGUGUCACUGAUGGUGCCCUGGUUGUUGUAGACUGUGUCUCUGGCGUGUGCGUGCAGACAGAGACUGUGCUGCGUCAGGCCAUUGCCGAGAGGAUCAAGCCUGUGCUGAUGAUGAACAAGAUGGACCGAGCGCUGCUGGAGCUGCAGCUGGAGCCAGAAGAGCUGUACCAGACCUUCCAGCGCAUCGUGGAAAACGUGAACGUCAUUAUCUCCACGUAUGGAGAAGGAGAAAGUGGCCCCAUGGGAAAUAUCAUGAUCGAUCCAGUGCUCGGCACCGUCGGCUUUGGUUCUGGCCUGCAUGGCUGGGCUUUCACCCUGAAACAGUUCGCUGAAAUGUACGUUGCGAAGUUCGCUGCCAAGGGUGAUGCCCAGCUGAAUCCAUCGGAGCGUGCCAAGAAAGUAGAAGACAUGAUGAAGAAACUGUGGGGAGACAGAUAUUUUGAUCCGGCUACUGGCAAGUUCAGCAAAUCUGCUACGAGCCCGGAUGGAAAGAAACUGCCCAGGACCUUCUGCCAGCUGAUCCUUGACCCCAUCUUCAAGGUUUUCGAUGCCAUCAUGAACUUCAAGAAAGAGGAGGCGGCUAAACUGAUUGAGAAACUGGACAUCAAACUUGACAGCGAAGAUAAGGACAAGGAGGGCAAACCCCUGCUGAAGGCCGUGAUGAGGCGGUGGCUGCCUGCCGGAGAUGCCCUGCUGCAGAUGAUCACCAUUCACCUGCCUUCUCCCGUCACAGCCCAGAAGUACCGCUGUGAGCUGCUCUACGAGGGACCCCCUGAUGAUGAAGCUGCCAUAGGUAUUAAGAACUGUGACCCCAAAGGCCCCCUGAUGAUGUACAUCUCUAAAAUGGUGCCAACCUCUGACAAGGGACGUUUCUACGCUUUUGGACGUGUCUUCUCUGGUCUCGUCUCGACUGGCUUGAAAGUCAGGAUCAUGGGACCAAACUACACACCUGGCAAGAAGGAGGAUCUGUACCUGAAGCCAAUUCAAAGGACCAUUCUCAUGAUGGGCCGCUACGUUGAACCCAUCGAGGACGUGCCUUGUGGAAACAUUGUCGGUCUGGUUGGUGUCGACCAGUUCCUUGUGAAGACUGGAACCAUCACCACCUUCGAGCACGCUCACAACAUGAGAGUCAUGAAGUUCAGCGUCAGCCCUGUCGUGCGCGUGGCUGUGGAAGCCAAGAACCCGGCUGACCUGCCCAAGCUCGUGGAGGGACUGAAGCGUCUUGCCAAGUCUGACCCUAUGGUGCAGUGCAUCAUCGAGGAGUCUGGGGAGCACAUCAUCGCUGGUGCCGGGGAGCUGCACCUGGAGAUCUGCCUGAAGGAUCUCGAAGAGGACCACGCCUGCAUUCCUAUUAAGAAAUCGGAUCCUGUUGUGUCCUACCGUGAGACGGUCAGCGAGGAAUCCAACGUGAUGUGCCUUUCCAAGUCCCCCAACAAACACAACAGGCUCUACAUGAAGGCUCGGCCCUUCCCAGAUGGUUUGGCUGAAGACAUCGACAAGGGCGAGGUCUCGGCUCGUCAGGAGCUGAAGCAGCGAGCUCGCUACUUGGCUGAGAAGUACGAGUGGGAUGUCACCGAAGCCAGGAAAAUCUGGUGCUUCGGUCCCGACGGCACCGGCCCCAACAUCCUGACCGACAUCACCAAGGGAGUGCAGUACCUGAACGAGAUCAAGGACAGCGUGGUGGCCGGCUUCCAGUGGGCGACAAAGGAGGGAGUCCUGUGCGAGGAGAACAUGCGUGGCGUGCGUUUCGACGUGCACGAUGUCACCCUGCACGCCGACGCCAUCCACCGCGGGGGCGGGCAGAUCAUUCCCACCGCCAGGAGAUGCCUGUACGCCUGCGUGCUCACCGCUCAGCCCAGGCUCAUGGAACCCAUCUACCUGGUGGAGAUCCAGUGCCCGGAGCAGGUGGUGGGUGGCAUCUACGGGGUGCUGAACAGGAAGCGUGGCCACGUGUUUGAGGAGACCCAAGUGGCCGGCACCCCCAUGUUCGUGGUCAAGGCCUACCUGCCUGUCAACGAGUCCUUCGGUUUCACAGCGGAUUUGAGGUCCAACACAGGGGGCCAAGCCUUCCCCCAGUGCGUCUUCGAUCACUGGCAGAUCCUGCCCGGGGAUCCCUUCGACAGCGCCA